UCCCCUCUCAGGAGCUGGAGUGCAUGAUGGAGCCCCAGGAGCUGGGCCUGGAGCAGCCGCUGGCCGCCCCCGAGCAGGGCCCCGGCGGCGAGGCCGAGCUGCCGGCCGCCGAGAUCUCCCUGACGCUGGUCACCGAGAUCCAGGCCGUGGACAGGAAGGUGGACACCCAGGCCGCCCAGCUGAUGAACCUGGAGGGCAGGAUGAGGAUGGCGGAGACCAAGCUGAUCGGCUGCGAGAAGACGGCGGUGGAGUUCGGGAAUCAGCUGGAGAGCAAGUGGACGGCGCUGGGCACCCUCAUCCAGGAGUACGGGCAGCUGCAGAAGCGGCUGGAGAACAUGGAGAACCUGCUGAAGAACAGGAACUUCUGGAUCCUGCGGCUGCCCCCGGGGGCGAAAGGGGAAGUCCCCAAGGUCCCCGUGGCCUUCAACGACGCCUCGUUUAACUUCUCUGAGGAGGAGUGGAAGAGCCUCAACGAGUGGCAGAAGGAGCUCUACAGGCACAUCAUGAAAGGCAACUACGAGGCCGUCAUCUCCAUGGAUGCUGCUAUUUCCAAACCUGAGCUGCUGACACGGAUUGAGCAGGGAGAGGAUCCCAACACUGAGGAUCAGGAGGACUCUGAGGGAGGAGAGACCCCCACAGACCCCAGCACUGAGUUUUUUUUCCCUGGACCCGAUGACAGGUCGUGGGGUAAAUAUGAAGAAGCUCUGGCUGAAAGCCACGAAGGCUCUGAAGAAGAGGAGAACAUGGAGGUCCCUGGUACAUACGAACAGCCAUGCGAUGAGGAAGGCUCCGAGAGCCUGGAGCUUUCCAGGUCCUUGACAGGGAAGUGGGAAGAGGUUUUCUCCAGCCCUGAGGAGGAGAUGCAGACGAGCAGCAAGAGCCAGAGCGGCUCGGCCCCGCCGCAGCGAACGGCGACGGGCAACGGGCUGAGGCGCUCGGUGCGCCGCGGGAGAGACUUGGCCAGGAAGGAGCCCGAGGAGGCGGCGGCCGACAAGGGGCCCUACAUCUGCUGUGAGUGCGGGGAGAGCUUCCUGGACAAGCAGCUCUUCGCCACCCACCAGAAGGCGCACGCCAGCGAGGAGGCCUGCACGUCCCUGGAGCGCGGCGAGAGCUUCCGGCAGAAAUCCAAAGCCAAGGGCCAGGGCCCCUCCCGCUCCAAAGCGUCCAAGCGCCCCGACGGGGAGAAGAGCUCCGGCUUCAAGUACGGCUUCGUCAGGCACCAGGUGAACAACAUGGUGGAGAGGCCCUACACCUGCUCCCAGUGCAAGGAGAGCUUCAGCCUGGAAGUGAGUCUGAUCCUGCACCAGAAGCUGCACACGGGGAAGGGCGACGGGCCGCUGACGUGCACCUACUGCGGGAAGGACUUCCGAGACCUCUCCAAAGCCAUCCGCCACCAGCGCAUCCACACCGGGGAGAGGCCCUACCAGUGCACCGAGUGCGGCAAGAGCUUCAUCCGGCGGGACCACCUGCUCAAGCACUGGCGGGUGCACACCGGGGAGACCCCCUACCAGUGCCCCGUCUGCGGCAAGCACUUCCGCUACAAGGAGUCCCUGAAUUGCCACCAGAAAAUCCACUCCCGCAACCCGCGGCCCGGCGAGGAUUCCCAGCACAACCUGGGCUCGGCGGGCACCCAAACCGACCAUUUCUGCGUGAAGAAAGAGACUAAGCAGUACUCACUCAUCCUGCUCCUGGCUGCUACUCAGGAGCUUUUCCAGGUAAUUGUGGAACAGGGUCGGACGGGGAUGGCGGAGAAGAAGCUGAUCGAUUGUGAGAAGACGGCGGCGGAGCUGGGGAAUCAGCUGGAGAGCAAGUGCGCGGCGCUGGGCACCCUCAUCCAGGAGUACGGGCUGCUCCAGCGGCGCCUGGAGAACAUGGAGAACCUGCUGAAGAACAGGAACUUCUGGAUCCUGCGGCUGCCCCCCGGCAGGAAGGGGGAGGUGCCCAAGGCGGUGGAACGGAAGGUGGAUUCCCACUCCACCCGCCUGCUCGACCUGGAGGGUCGGACGGGGAUGGCGGAGAAGAAGCUGAUCGAUUGUGAGAAGACGGCGGCGGAGCUGGGGAAUCAGCUGGAGAGCAAGUGCGCGGCGCUGGGCACCCUCAUCCAGGAGUACGGGCUGCUCCAGCGGCGCCUGGAGAACAUGGAGAACCUGCUGAAGAACAGGAACUUCUGGAUCCUGCGGCUGCCCCCCGGCAGGAAGGGGGAGGUGCCCAAGGUGCCGGUGACCUUUGAUGAUGUGUCCGUCUAUUUCAAUGACAAGGAGUGGGAGAAGCUGGAGGAGUGGCAGAAGGAGCUCUACAAGAAUGUGAUGAAGGGGAACUACGAGUCUCUGAUCUCCUUGGACUAUGCAAUUUCCAAACCUGGUGUUUUGUCUCAGAUCGAGCAAGGGGAGGAAUCGCGGGGCAGGAAUGAGCAGGACCUGGAGGAGAGUGAGAUCAUUACUGAUGCCACGGCAGCUGGAAUAAGGGUUGUGAUCAAAACGGAGGAGCUCCUUCCUGAAGACAGCCCUGAGAACCCCGAGCUGCACGGGAUGUCGGGGCAGUCUGAGGGCAGCUUCCAGAGCCCAGAUGAGGAGGCAGCCUGUGAGAGCCCCUAUGGCUCUGUGUCCCCUCCCAGGGACCUCCCAGGGACCAGCCUGGGGGACUCAUCCGAGUACGGAGCCGACUUCAACGAGAUCCAGAGGGUCAUCGUGCACCACGGCAGCUGCACAGAGGAUGGCAUCGUGAUCAAGACGGAGGAGGAGGAGGAGGAGGAGGACGACCCCGACGCGCUGGAGCCGUGCGCCAUGUUCUCGGGGCGCAGCGAGGCGCCGGCGUUCCCCGGCCACGAGGCGGGGCUGGGCUGCGAGGCGCAGUGCAGCUCCAAGGCGCAGCCCCGCAGCCUGGCCCGCGUCAGGAAAGCCUCGGCCUGCGACAGGGACUCCGGGGACAUGAAACCGGCCGGCGGGCAGCAGCGCAACCGGACGCGGGAGAGACCCUACAUCUGCCCCGAGUGCGGCAAGAGCUUCAUGCUCAAGAUCAACUUCAUGAUCCACCAGCGCAACCACCUCAAGGAAGGGCCCUACGAGUGCCACGAGUGCGACCUCAGCUUCCGCAACAAGCAGCACCCCCAGCGCAGCCACACGCGCCGCGGCGUGGGGGUCCCGCGGCGCCCCGAGCACGGCCUCAAGCCGCCGGCGCGGCCCCCGCCCCCGGGCAAGCCCUACAAGUGCUCCGAGUGCGAGAGCAGCUUCAGCCACAAGUCCAGCCUCAGCAAGCACCAGAUCACGCACGUGGGGGAGCGGCCCUUCACCUGCGGCGAGUGCCGGCGCAGCUUCCGCCUGCAGAUCAGCCUGCUCAUGCACCAGAGGAUCCACGCCGGCAAGAACGAGAUGGCUUUCCUGUGCCCCCAGUGCGGCAAGAACUUCACCCGGCCCUCCCACCUGCUGCGGCACCAGCGGACUCACACCGGCGAGCGGCCCUACCAGUGCAGCCAGUGCGAGAAGACCUUCAGCGAGAAGUCCAAGCUGACCAACCACUACCGCAUCCACACGCGGGAGCGCCCGCACGCCUGCGCCGUCUGCGGGAAGGGCUUCAUCCGCAAGCACCACCUCCUGGAGCACCAGCGCAUCCACACGGGCGAGCGGCCCUACCACUGCAGCGAGUGCGGCAAGAACUUCACGCAGAAGCAUCACCUCCUGGAGCACCAGCGGGCGCACACCGGCGAGCGGCCCUACCCCUGCACCGAGUGCACCAAGUGCUUCCGCUACAAGCAGUCGCUCAAGUACCACCUGAGGACGCACAUGGGAGAGUGAGGGGCUGCCCAGGCUUCCUCUCCCUCCCUCCAUCCCUCCAUCCCUUCCUUCCUCCUCAUCCUCCUUCUCCUCCACUGAUCUCUCCCACCCGUCCCUCCAUCCAUCUCCCCCACCCCGGCUCAGGGCAUGGACAUCAAGGAAGCUUUGUGUGGUAGCGCCGCUGGUCUGGUGGAGACUCGGCUGAUUGGAAAAUAAAUUAAUGAAUUAAAGCAAGCAACGCGCGGCAAAAUUAAAAGAUUAUAUAUAUAUAAAGUUAACAGAAGCAGCUGGUUUAGGGGGAAUCCUCACCAACGAGCAAACAAACCACCAACAAAAGAAACCUGUACACAGGGUGUUUUGCCAGAGUAGGACUCGUAACUGCUUUUUAAACCUACUGUUUGUUUUUUUUAAUAAAUGUGGAGGAACUUUUUAUUUGAUGAGCAACCUUAGAAUGGGCAAGAUUUUAUUUUUUUUUUUGAUUUUUUUUUGUUUGUUUGUUUUUUUGUUUGUUUUGGUUUUUCGUGGGUUUUUUUGUUUGUUUGGUUUGUUUUGUUUUUGGUUUUGUUUUGUUUUGUUUUUUUUUGUUAACUGCUCUGUAGGCUGAUUCUGGCACAGUCACUUUUUGUCCAGGAGCUCUGUGGAGGCGCUGCCUCGUCCGGGUUGGCUGCGACAGGAGGAGCUCCAGCCGGGGGGAGGAGGUGAGUAAUUAACAGAUGCAGCUAAUGAGGAAGUUCUGCGUGUGUCUAGAUUGGAAGCGCUGAUAGGUGCCUGCCCGGCUCGCGGGGCUGUGAUGCACUCCUGAAUUAUACAAUAGAAUAAAAUUCUAGUUGCAGUAAAAGACCCUUUUUCUGGUAGGACCCCUCUGCAGGGCUCCUCCAAACACUCAUUCCUAGUGUUCAAUCCUCCCACUGGGGGCUGGUCCUGCCACCACCACCGGGGUGCUGUGGGGUUGGCCAUGGGGUGCUGUGGGGUCAGCACGGACUGAGAGCAGGAUCUUCUUGUGUUAAACUGCUCUGCUGUCCUUGAGUUACUGCUGGUGGCAUCAACUGUGCUCUCCUCAGUGGCAGGAGUGGCAGAAUUCCUGCCCAGGGGAGGAGCAGCUCCAAGGAAAGACCUCCCUGCUCCUAGGCAGCUGCUGCUGGGGUGGGUGGGACAGGAUCUGUCUCCCUGCUGUUGGUCUGAGCUCCUGUUUGUACCAGCUCGGUUCCUGGGGACCCCAGCUUGUCCUGGCUGCAGCUGCUGAGGCUGGGCUGUGGCUG